AUUGGUCACCAGGAUGGAAGAUUUAUAGUGUGCCCGGGUUACAAGUGGUUUUUCGGGAAAUGUGUGCGGUCUCACUACGAGAUAUUACCAUGGUCUAAAGCGCAUGACCAAAAUUUUCCACCCUCUGUGCAUGGUUCGUGGGAGUGUGUGUAGCAAUAAUGCGCGCGGAGGAAGAGCAUGAAUUGUGUGUUUAUUCAAAAUUUUUUUUUGUAAUUGAUUAGUCGUGUUUCUUGCUUUUCCAGUGUUCUGAACUAAAGAGUAAAAAGUCAGCACGAAGAAAAACAUUCAUUCAUAAUUAAUAUGAGAUGGUGUACGUGAUGGUGUGCAGCCGAGAAAAGUGGCGAUAUCGAUUCUUGUUGCUUCCGGCUUUUUGAUCCCUUGCUGGUACUGGCUCGAGUGUUGCAAAAAAGAGACGAAAACGACGAAGCUAUUUCAGUGCUAAUCCUCAAUUCGUAAUUUGCCCUGCUCCCAUGACCUUUGAAGUGAACUUUAAGUGCUUGAGAAAAGUGAUAAUCGGUUCUUCCCUGGAGGUAUUCCCUAAAUAUUUAUAUCCGUCGGAGUGCUGGAUGGCAAGCUGUUGCUAAUUUUGGAUCUAAUAAUGUGUAAUUUGUAAUCAACUCUGCGGUGAUUUAGAAUCAAUUUUGCGAAGACUACUCUUAUUGCAGAAAAAGAUGAGUUGUGAACAGUGCGCUGCAUACUGAUUCCAGUCUGUUAAAGCUUUUUGGUUCAGAUAGAUAAAUCUCACAGUUCAACCGCCACCAUUCAGCACUAGGAUGACGAAAGAUGAUGGUGACGGCGUCGUACCUGACCUGCCACGUGGUCCUCUCUGCGAGUACCGUAAUCGGGCUAAAUUCAACUGGAAAGAGUUCAAGAAGGUGCUGGAAGAUCCAAAAUUGACGCAGAUAAAGUACAAUGUAUGGCGCAAACUGGAAUCGGAACCGCUAUUCACACCGUUGACAUCAACCCUCUCAGUGGAUGAACAAAAGGAGCGUGCAGCCAAACAGGUCAAUCGAAUCGCAGAUCUAGAACUUGCUCCGGCGGAAAUCUACUCCUCGGAUUACAACUAUCGGGUGCGAUAUCUGAUGAGUAUCAACGAAGCACUGCAUGCCGUCUGUCCUAGUAUGUCGGUAAAGAUUGCGUUGGGUGUAGGCCUCUUUACGAAUUCUCUGCUGGCCAUGGGAACCGAGAGGCACUCAGCGAUCUACAAUGCUGCGUGGAAUAGAGAGAUCAUCACCUGCCUCGCUAUCACGGAAGUUAGUCACGGUAGCAAUACCAAACGGUGUCGCACAACGGCCACGCACGAUCCCGAAACGCAAGAGUUUGUUAUCAAUACUCCCGAUUUCGAAGCAGCCAAGUGCUGGGUUGGGAACCUUGGGAAAACGGCGUCAAUCGCUCUACUGUUUGCCAUCCUCUAUACCAGCGAUGGUCAGAAUCACGGUCUUCAGGGUUUCUUAGUGCCAAUUAGAGAUCCAAAAACGUUACAGCCCUACCCGGGAGUUAUCGUUGGGGAUAUUGGUGAAAAAAUCGGUCUGAACGGGAUCGACAAUGGGUUCGUCAUGUUCAACAACUACCGAAUACCGAGGGAAAAUAUGUUGAAUCGAAUGGGGGAUGUUACACCGGAAGGUGUAUAUGAGAGUACAUUUACGGAGCCAGGAAAAAUACUGGGAGCUGUGCUGGAAUCGUUCUCUGCCGGUCGGCUAGGGAUAAUGCAGGAAUCGUCUAACACACUGUCACAUGCAGCCGUGAUUGCAGUUCGAUAUGCUGCGCUGAGGAAACAAUUUGGACCGGAGAAAGACGGUCCGGAACAGUCAAUUAUAGAGUAUCAGUUACAUCAAUGGAGAAUUUUCCCAUACCUCGCAGCGGCCUGCAUUCUUAAGGUUUCGGUAUUUACGCUUACCGAGAUCUACCUGCAAACGGUGCAGAAAUCUCAAGCAGAAUCCAAUGGCUUUGAGCUGCUGACCCAAAUUGUGUCGGAAAUUCACGCUUUGGUGUCCUCCUCGAAGCCACUCGUGACGUGGACGGCACGGGAUGCUAUUCAAGAAUCGAGGGAAGCAUGCGGUGGGCAUGGUUACUUAAAGGCAGCGAAUCUCGGCGAACUGAGAAAUAAUCACGAUCCGAGCUGUACUUACGAGGGAGAUAACAAUGUGCUGGGACAGCAAGCAUCUAACUGGCUACUUCGACAGUGGAAGGGAUCGAAGGUGGAGAGCCCGGUGGGAUCGGCAAAUUUUAUCGAGCGACGCGAGCUUAUUCUGAAGAAUAACUUCGAAGCAGUGCUGGCAGCGAACUGUAGGAUAGAUAGUUCUGAAUUUAUAACUCAGUGCUACGAAUGGCUGAUGUGCUGGCUUUUACAUUCAACCAACGAGCAAUUUGAACGUGUAGAAAGGAACGAUGCCGACCGAUUCAAGGCAAGAAACGAUUCACAGGUGUACCGCGCGAGAGAUCUGAGUCGGGCGUACGCAGAGUAUAACGCCUUGGAAAGCUUCAGAACCCGGUGCCAACGCGGGGACGUUUCGACGGACCUGAAACCAGUAUUAUUCAACGUGUAUCUUCUGUACGGCAUGUGGUGCAUCGAUCGACACCUAGCCACCUUCUACGCCGGUGGGUUUGCCGUUGGACCACGAUUCGCCGAUGCUGUGCGAGGCACCUUACUGGAAGCGUGCGAUCAGUUCAAGGAUUCCGCUGUUGCUGUUGCGGAUGCAUUGGCUCCACCGGAUUGGGUUCUGAACUCAGUGUUGGGAAAAUCCGACGGGCGAUUGUACGAAAAUAUCCAGAGCGUUUUUAUGACGAAUCCAGGAGCAAUGGAACGACCCUCGUGGUGGAAGGAUAUCAUUCCCACCAAAAUGAAAUCUAAGCUGUAAAGAAAGCAGCAGCAAACGAAACACAAGUUUUCAAAUUACGGGUUACGAAAGACGUGAGCAAUCUGAUGUGGAAGGGAUACCGAAAGAUACAUAAGUUUAGUGCAAUGGGAGAAGUGUAGUGUUGUUUGUUUGAAAAAGCUGUAGUGUAUCCCGAUCCUACCUCCAUCUGGAUAAAAUAAAGCUGUGAACAACCGAGACAAGCACAACGGCAAAAAAUAUCAUCCAAAGUUACAUCUUUCCGUGUAAUCGUGCGAACAUGGUUUAUGAUCUUUUAAUGAUUCUCAUACAUAUGAAAACAUACCACCCAACCGUGCAAAAAUGGUUAAAAAAUCAACAAAGUGUGUCUUAUUUUCAAAUCUACAUAUUUAUAUGCUAAAAUGAAUCAAAUUUUAGAAAACGAAGAAGAAACCUCUUUCUAUAUAUACCCUUUGAGAAUGUUUAUGACAGUUACUGUAUUUAUCUAUAUCAAAACUUGCUCUACAAUGCUGUUAUUAGUUUUCUCUUCAUUCAAUGAAAGGAAAUUUGUUCAACACAUUCGUUUUAUAGGACCUGUGGCAGUUAAGUUGUUUACUUUUUUCUCUAUAUUCUAUGUACACUACGAUUACAAAUCUGUAAAGAAAAUAUAUGUUACUAUUCACUUAAAAUGAUCUCCAUUCGUAUAGGAUCAUAAGGAGAAUUACUAUUGUUUAUCAGUAUCACUUCUAUAAUGUGUUAUACAUUUUGUAUUUCAGAAAGUGGUCUUUAGUAUGAUAUACUGAGUAUACUGAGACAGUAUUCGUUGUAUUUGUCUUGAAUGUGCAA